AUGCAUCUGCCACCUGAUAUGUUUGCGUGGGAUCAGUCAGGCUUGAGAUCCCUGGUGACGCUCUAUGUUACUCGUCCAGAAUUCAAAUCCAAGCUGAGGGAUGGGAUCGUAUACAAUCAGGACACGCACCUCUGCCUCUUUUACGAAUCUGAGUUUGACCUGCCGGGUGACGCACAAUACGGCAAGCCACUGCCGUGGCAACCUCUCGAAACCGUGUUGAGCGUGUACAUUGACAUGAUUGAACGCCGUAAGGUGGUGGCUCUACAUAAGAGUGUUUGCGAGCCACCAAUGCAAUUCGCUGUACCUCAGCCCGAUGGCAGUAUUAAGAUGGUAGGCAUGCCAGCACCAGAAGGUAUCGUUCAGGAGGACCCUGUGACUGGUCUCAGGCGUGUCGGUGAGGUCUUUAAUCCGUGGAAGAUGCAAUCGUACACGAAGAGGGAUGUCGACGAGACAUUAACAGCUUGGAACAUGCUUGCCGAGAAUAUCGAGCUUAAGAUGGAUCUAGCAGUCUUGUCUACGCUUGAGCGUGGGCUAUACACUGCAGACGUACUGCGCCAGGUGGGCCUGAAUGAGGAUCGUUUUGCAUGGAAAUUCUUCACCGAAGCUCGCAAGCCACGAUGUACCUACCUAGGACCUGGUCUCCGACUCCCAGCAGUCGAAGAAUUUCUCCAGCAGCCCUUCCAGAGUUUCGUGGACAACGACUAUCCUUUGAACCCGAUACAAAUUCUCACUAGCGAGCAACGAGCCAGGAACCAGUGGCACGGCUGGACAGACGUACCGACCCUCCCUGCAGGUCUCUACCUCGACGCCUGCAACGCCUCCGGCCUCUUUCCAUUCGAAGACGGCUGUCGACUCAUCUUACCAUACAACCUAGGCGGCAUUGGAUACGCCACCACAAGCGAUGGCCGGCCCAUACAGCGGAACUGUGACCUCUACCACCUGGGCCACGUGAAUCCUUUCAUGCCUGCACAUCCUACACCACUGUUGGCCGUUCUGGGGCACUUUCGAGGAUAUGUUGAGACUGGGAUGUGGAACGUUGGGAGUGAGGGUGUCAAGGAGGGAAUUGAGAGGUUUCUGGAGGCGGACACCGAUAUGGCGCGGUGGAGGGAUGAUGAGGAGAGGAUCUAUCCGGGGUAUGUUUGUGGGUUUGGGGCCGGGGAGAGAUGGUGGUAG